GGGGCAGCGGCUUUAAGGGUUGGCCUCCGGGACCCGGGCUGCUCACUUGCGCGCUCGCGUCCAGCCACCCCAUCAUGGAGCGGUCACCGCGCGCCCUGCUGCUGGGUGCAGCCGGAUUGCUGCUCCUGCUCCUGCCCCUCUCCUCUUCCUCCUCUUCCGAUGCCUGCGGCCCGUGCGUGCCGGCCUCCUGCCCCGCGCUGCCCCCGCUCGGCUGCCCGCUGGGUGAGACCCGCGACGCGUGCGGCUGCUGCCCAGUGUGCGCUCGCGGCGAGGGUGAGCCGUGCGGGGGCGGCGCGGCCGGCAGGGGGCACUGCGCGCCGGGCAUGGAGUGCGUGAAGAGCCGCAAGAGGCGGAAGGGUAAAGCCGGGGCAGCAGCCGGCGGUCCCGCGACCCUCGCCGUGUGCGUGUGCAAGAGCCGCUACCCGGUGUGCGGCAGCGACGGCGUCACCUACCCCAGCGGCUGCCAGCUGCGCGCCGCCAGCCUGCGCGCUGAGAGCCGCGGAGAGAAGGCCAUCACCCAGGUCAGCAAAGGCACCUGCGAGCAAGGUCCUUCCAUAGUGACGCCCCCCAAGGACAUCUGGAACAUCACUGGCGCCAAGGUGUACUUGAGCUGCGAAGUCAUCGGAAUCCCAACCCCUGUCCUCAUCUGGAACAAGGUAAAAAGGGAUCACUCUGGAGUUCAAAGGACAGAACUCUUGCCUGGUGACCGGGAAAACCUGGCCAUUCAGACCCGGGGUGGUCCAGAAAAGCAUGAAGUAACUGGCUGGGUGCUGGUAUCUCCUCUAAGUAAGGAAGACACUGGAGAAUACGAGUGCCACGCGUCCAAUUCCCAAGGACAGGCUUCAGCGUCGGCCAAAAUUACAGUGGUUGAUGCCAUACACGAAAUACCAGUGAAAAAAGGUAUGCAAGCCAUCGCGCACUACUUAAAAACGAGUAGUGUUUUAAUAAUCAAGUAGCAUGUACAUCUAUUAAUACCAUUCUGAAAAGCAUGAAGUUCAGAAAAGUGUGAAGCCUGUUAUUAUAGCCAGAUCACAUUCCUCAAGAGAACACGUGGAUGGAUGACUGAGGGCUACCAGGACUUAGCUUUCACCUCAUCUCGAGGAUUCCUGUAACUUCUAUGUGUCAUUUCCCCUUUGUGCAGUGACUAUUAUAUUCAUCAUUUAAAAGGAAGUGACCAUGGUGUCAAUCGGUCCUUUUCUUUGAGCUUUAAAAAAAAAAAAAAAAAAAAAAAAAAGCUAUACAGGCAUUGCUCUUCCAGGGGAACGGAGUUCAGUUUCCAGCAUCCAUGUGGGGCAGGUCACAACUGCCUGUAACUCCAGCUCCAGGGGCUCCUGUGGGCUCUUCUGGCCUCCACAGGCAGCCACAUACUCACGGCAUACGGUCACAUAAAGCACACAUAUACAUAAUAAAAAUAAAUUCUAAAAGAAACCAGCUAGAGAAAGAGAACAGGUUGGCAAAUAUUCAACUCUGUCCUACUCUUCCAAAGAACCCAUCCUACAGUGUCACAGCAGGGCUGCCUUACGUGUAGUUAGUGCUAUUGGAGUGACGUCUGACCAGACACUCUCUCAGACCAAGAGCAAAGUUUCCUGUCAGCAUGUGUUAGGUCCUUUCACUGGGCAGACCACUCAGCUGUGCCAGGAAAGGCAUUAUCAAGUAAAUGUGUAUUUGAUCAGCAAUUCCUCCUUUCUACCAAGACGUGUGGUAAAUCCAGGCAGUGGAGCUCCCCAGAGCUGGGUCCCAUGUCCGAGUCUGCACUGGAGCAGCACUCUUCUCCUUAAGCUCUGAAUGAAAGCUGGACUGCAAGGUUGCUUAGCUUCUCUGGAGCUCAACUUGCAAAAUAUGCCGGUCCAAGUUUAUGGGAAAGCUCCCCUUUUCACACCUGAACACUGGCAGCAUUGACUCUCAUCCUUAGAACUGCAUAGCUCACCCCCACAGGGCACUCCAGCAUAUCAUGUAGGUAACUACUCAUACAUCCUUCACCCCCAUGUUUCUGUCAUCCCCCCACCACCUCACCUUUCAAUGUGUAUGAGCGGUUUACUUGCACACGUCUGCACCACAUGCAUGUAGUGCCCUCAGAGGCCAGAAGAGGGAAUCAGAUCCCUUAGGACUGGAGUUACAGGGGAGAGCUGCCAUGUGGGUGCUGGGCCUCAAACCCGACUCCUCUUAAAAGCAGCCAGUGAGCUUAACUGCAGAGCUACUCUCUGGGCCCUGUUUGUUUUCUUGAAAGGAUGAAGUCUCGGGAACAUGCCCAUAAUCCCAGCAUUUGGGAGGCUGAGGCAGGCAAGUUGCGAGUUCAAGAUUAACCUGGGCUACAUAGUGAGAAACUUUCUUAGAAAAAAGAGACAAGGGAUGAGAGAGCAGAUGGAGGUCUUCCUAGGUUGCCCAGGCCUUUAAUCCCUGGGCUUAACCAAUCCUCCUGUCCCAGCCUGAACGCUGGUCUAUAAGCUCAUUACCAUGCCCCCCUGUUAGCCACAUGAUUUAUCAUUCUCACUGAUUAGAAGCUGACAGUAUGCCGUACCAUGAGCGUAUGUGUGACUAAUUUUUAUUUUUCUUCUGAAACAGGUGAAGGUGCUCAGCUAUAAACCUGCGAAUACAUUAGCCUCUGUAGCUGACGCGCUCUCAGACAGCUGACAGCUGUAACCCCACUCCUGCCUGACAUAUUCCUUUGAACCUAACACACUAACACUUUAUUACAGCCAGCUGAUUUUACAGAGAAAUCAAAGAUAACACAUAAGACUAUCUACAAAAGUUUAUUGUUUAUUUACAGAAAAAGCAUGCAGAGCUUUAAACAAAACAAAUAAAAUUCUUAUUACAACAGGAAA